GGGCAAGACGCAUGCGAGGAAACAACAAGAAGACAAGCGUUCUAGUCUCGUCUACGCGUUUUCGCGUCGCUUAGCUCUACACAAUUACAGAAGUGCUCUUAAACGUUACGCGGAGGGGAAUCGUUUACAAGAGUACAGAGGGGGUACAAGUGGUCAACUCUGUCAGACUCAUGACUCUUAUUUGAAAAAGAGCCGCAGUGAGUUGAAGAAAGAGUGCGUUGAAAGUGAAAGCGCUUUGAAAAGCAGGACUCGAAGAACUUGUGAGUAGGCUACUUUUCUCCGCAAAGAGGGAAAGACAAACGGAUAGAUUCAUACCUGCAUUAAAUUCCCAUUUCAAAGUGUUUAGUUGUUAAGUAGAAAUAUGAAUGCUGGGGAAGAGAACCUGCUGAAGUCUAUCAGCAAUGACACACUAUUGGACCUAACUCAGCGCUAUGGCCAGUCAGCCUUCGGGUUUGGUGCUGGCCAUGGUCCUGGAGCUCCUGGGCGCUAUCCCCUCACACCCGCCGCCGAUUUCCUCUCGGGUCAGACCACCAAAUCGAAUGAAAGCGGCGGGGAGCAGACAAGUGAAGACGACGACAGUUUUGACACUCUAGAGUCCCGGAAGAGGGGCUCGGGGUUCGACGAUGACAAGCACGGGGGUCCACUUGCCAAGAAACCCAAAGAGCAGCGGUCUUUGCGUCUUAGUAUCAACGCUCGGGAGAGGAGAAGAAUGCACGACCUCAACGACGCGCUAGACGGCCUGCGCUCUGUUAUCCCGUAUGCUCACAGCCCAUCGGUGAGAAAACUCUCCAAAAUCGCCACUCUCCUCCUAGCCAAGAACUAUAUUCUCAUGCAGGCUCAAGCCCUGGAGGAAAUGAGGCGGCUGGUGGCGUAUUUGAACCAGGGACAGACCAUAACCUCGCCAAUCCCCACUGCGCUGGCACCCUUUGGACAGGCGGCCGUUUACCCGUUCUCAGGCUCGACACUUGCCACCUGCGCCGAGAAGUGCACCACAUACUCUGGAACACCUUCGAGUCUUUUCAAACACUGCAACGACAAGCCUUGAUUUAAUUUUUCUGUUUCUGAACUUUACCUUCUGCAUCCAUGUUGGCCUCUCACCCUCUCUAUAGGCUACUUUUUAAAAACACCGAGAGGGCUUGGGGACCUUGUCCUAUGCGUAAUCCUAAACUAUGUUUAAAUAAUUACUGCAAUGUUUCAUCCAGAUUUAACAAAUAGCUUAUAUGGAAAAUAAAACCAGUGUUUACUAAAGCUUAGGAUAAUUUAUGACAAAUCGCCGUUUAACCUGUUGUGUUUCUCUUCAACCCUAAAAUAAACCAGCUGUUGGGCUACUGUAACUGA